GAAAUGUUUUAGAAAAGAAUUCAGUUGAUAAACUGAAGCUGAGUUUAUAUAUUCUGGAAUAAAAUGCUCUACAUAAAGCAAUCGGUGUUGGUGUUAAUAAGCAUUCUCCUUGUGAUUGUGCAAGGCAAGAGAUAUCUUUAUUAUCCACGGAAAGCCCUAACUAAGGGACCAACUACUAAUUAUUCACGGAAAGCCCUAACUAAUGUACCAACUACUAAUUAUCCACGGAAAGCCCUAACUAAUGGACCAACUACAACUUCAUCUCCAUUGAAAUUUGAUCAAGUGCGCUAUUCACCCGAAUUGAUAAACCAUUUUCGUGACUUUUUUAAACUAAUUCCCAAAAGCACAAUAGAAUCGUUGGUGGGUAAACCUCCAAUUCUUGAUUCAGAACUUAGGAAUGCCAUCUCAUUUUUGUAUAGUUCACGAUUCAAAGAAUUCCGAGAACAGGCGGAACGAACGCCUGAAAUUAUUAUACUAAUAAAAUAUUUGCAUCUGAAAAAUGUUCCAUUGGAUAAAGAUCGUAACGAUUUUGAGAUUACUGCUCAAAAUAGUAAUGUCAGUGUGAAAAAGUUGAGUAGUUUUAGUAACCUCGUUAGAGAAGUUUUCACACAUUUGCCACGUCAAGAAUAUAUAAAUUUGAUCAAGCAGAAGUGUAAGAAGAGUGAAAUCUUUUCCAAAUUCUAUAACGCACUACGUCAAAUGAGAUUCCGUGCUAUGGUAGGCGAUGCCAUGGUCACACAAAAUGUGAAGAAUCUUAUCAGUACUUUGAACAGCAAUUCCAUCGAUGCUCAUAGUCUGGUGAAAAUUUUCUCUAAAGUCAUAUCCUGGGGUCCAACCAUAUGUAUUUUCAAAAAAUUAAAAUAAAAAAAACUGUCCAGAUUCAAA